CGUCUGGGAAAUUCUCUGUGUGAUUGCGGAGUUUCCUCUAGUCAGUUGCUCACGAGAGACUUUCCACAGUGGAAGUGAGGAUUUCCUUUCGCGCUGCAUUUCUUGUGUGUGCCAUCCGCGAAGAGCGGUUAAGUGCGCAUUUCAGGGAGUGAAGGUGUUACACAAGAGUGUUUCUUUAAAAAUUCCCUUAUCACGCGUGUAUAGAUUGAACACGACUGACGGCGAUAAGAUUAUGUGACAGACUGAAUUGGAUGUAUAGGAAUUUCUUUGGCGGCAAUCAAAUAAGCACGAAAAAAGUGGCUGUGUUUCUACAAAUGGGAUAAAGUGUAGCGCAAUCCGGAGAACUCUCGCCUCUGGGUCGAGACAAGAUCAAAUUAGAGCCGUGGAAAACUCUUCAACGGUUUAACUAGUGUGAAAAGUGUAUUGGAACACGUUGAUGUAAAUAUUUACAUAAAUAUUGAGGAUUGGAUUCUAUUUUCAUCGCACUUCUCAUUAGCUGGCGUCUUUUAUUCCUUUUUUCUCCUCUUAAUACCAUCCACCCUCCCACUUUCGCCUUUCCGCGAUACAAUAUCGCGCCCAAUUAACUAAACAAGCCGGCUGCGAAUUAAUUGCUCAAUUCUGCGAAAAUCCCAAAAUGACGCCCGGACUCAGAUGACUCGCUGGGAUGACUGAGGACUAGAUGAAACCAUGGAAUUACUUCUGGGACCGCCGCCCAUCACAGCCUAUCCCAUCAUCAUCAGCCGCACCAUCGACAAUGAUACAACAAUCAGUUCGGGCGGCCUGUUCGAAAACUACGCGGACUCGCUGCUGAAAUUCGCCUCCGUGAUGUGCAUGAUCUUUGCGCUGAUCGGCAUUCCUGGCAACUUAAUAACCAUCAUUGCGCUGGCACGAUGCAAAAAGGUGCGCAACGCAACAGCUCUCUUUGUGAUAAACCUCUCGUGUUCCGAUCUCCUCUUCUGCUGCUUCAAUCUUCCGCUGGCCGCCAGCACUUUCUGGCAGCGCGACUGGACGCACGGCGACAUCCUGUGCGAGCUCUUCCCCUUGGCGCGCUACGGCCUGCUGGCCGUGUCGCUCUUCACCAUCCUAGCCAUCACCAUCAAUCGCUACGUUAUGAUCGUGCACCCGCGCAUCUACCCGCGCAUCUAUCGGCGCAAGUUCCUCGCGCUCAUGAUCGCCGGCACGUGGACGCUCUCCUUCUGCGCCCUCAUCCCCACGUGGAUGGGCGCGUGGGGGCGCUUCGGGCUGGAUGUCAGCAUCGGUAGCUGCACCAUUCUACGCGAUGCCAAUGGCAACUCGCCCAAGGAGUUCCUCUUCAGCGUGGCCUUCGCGCUGCCCUGCAUCUUCAUCGUGAUGUGCUACGCCCGGAUAUUCUUCAUCGUGCGCAAGGCGGCUGUGCAGUCGCACGGAGGCGCGGACGCGCGGAAGGACUCCGUGCGCUCGCGUGGAUCGCGCAGGAGAAACUCACGCCGAAAACCCGCCCAUCCGGAGCCGCUGCCGCAAAAUGGCGCGGAGCCCUUCGUGAAAUUCGACAAUCCCGAGAUUAGAUUCAUGGACAGCACCAGCAUUGGCUCCGGCCAGGAGGCCGCGGAGAACGGCCAAGUGGCGCCGCAGGCGGACGAAGAUUCGGACGCGUGCAGCGUGAAGGAAGAGCGUGUGCAAAAUCACGCCGCGCAGAGCCAUCUUGAGAACAACAACACGUCCAACGCGAGCAUUCUGUAUCGCGGCCGCAUGACGGUGCGAGACAAGAGGCUGCUGAAGAUGAUCCUCGUGAUCUUCAGCGCCUUCCUCAUCUGCUACCUGCCCAUCACCAUCACGAAGAUCUUCAAGGGCGCCACGGAGAUCCAUGGUUUCAACAUCAGCGGCUACCUGCUCAUCUACAUGACCACCUGCAUCAACCCCAUCAUCUACGCCGUCAUGUCCUCGGAGUACCGCCGCGCCUACUGGGGCCUCAUCAUGUGCGACAGGCAGCAGCAGAACUCCGCCUGAGACACACUGUAAGAAGUGCACAAUAAAGAGUUAU